GACACCGAGCGCGCACCGCGCACCGCAUGCCGGCACCUGAGCGGAGCCUCAGGGCGGCACCUGAGCGGAGCCUCAGGCCGGCACCCCCAGCGGCGCCUCAGGGCGGCACCUGAGCGGAGCCUCAGGGCGGCACCCCCAGCGGCGCCUCAGGCCGGCACCUGAGCGGAGCCUCAGGCCGGCACCCCCAGCGGCGCCUCAGGCCGGCACCUGAGCGGAGCCUCAGGGCGGCACCCCCAGCGGCGCCUCAGGCCGGCACCCCCAGCGGCGCCUCAGGCCGGCACCCGAGCGGCGCCUCAGGCCGGCACCCCCAGCGGCGCCUCAGGCCGCGGACGGAGGCCCCGCCGCCAUGGCGGGCACGGCCGCAGCAGCCCGUGCCGUGGUGUCGGGGCAAGCGCCGCCCGUCGGCUCCCUUCGUCACUCUCCGGCGGCGCUCGGCAGCCAAUCGGCGCAGAGCGCGCCUUCCCGCCUCGCCGCGCUGUCGCGUGCAGGAGGGGCGCCGUGCUGAGGGCUGCUCCGGGCCCGGUCUGCGAGGCGGGCGGCGGCUGCAGCGGGAACAAAAUCGUGCGGGGGCCUGGGGAAGGCAGAUUGCUGUCUACAGGCAGAAGAUGACAGGAAGAGCCAGAGCCAGAGCCAGAGGGAGACCUCCCACACAGGGAUCUGCUCUUCCUGCUGUAGGAGAUGCACCUGUCCAGCAGGGCGUGCCCAGCCAGCUGCGCGGCUGCCGGCAGCCCCCACAGCCCCUGCAGCCCCCGCAGCCCCCGCAGCUCCAGCAGCUCCAGCAGCUCCGUGUUCCUCCACCACAGUCGGAAGAGCCCGGGGGCCAUGGGCGCCUGCGCGGCUUUGAGAGCGUCCUGCAGGAGAGAAGGCCAGAAGGAGUACAGGUUUCCUCGGGGCUCCAGGAUUUGUCUUUACGAGAUAGGGGUGGACGUCGUAGAGAUUUCCAUGACCUUGGGGUAAAUACUCGGCAAGCCAUGGUACAUGUUCAAGAAUCCAAAACUGGUUUUUCAGGAAGAAUGGUAAAACUGACCACGAAUCACUUCCGCCUGACGUCUCGCCCGCAGUGGGCCCUGUACCAGUACCAUGUUGGCUACAGCCCCGAGAUGGAGGCGCGGCGGCUGCGCUCGGCUCUGCUCUUCCAGCACGAAGAGCACAUUGGAAGGACCCACGCCUUUGAUGGGUCGAUAUUGUUUUUGCCGAAGAAACUACAGAAUAAGGUUACUGAACUGUUUAGUAGGACUCGAAAUGGGGAGGAUGUGAAGAUAACAAUCACACUGACUAACGAGUUGCCACCUACUUCGCCUACUUGUCUGCAAUUUUACAACAUCAUUUUUAGAAGGGUUUUGAAGAUGCUGAAUUUGCAGCAGAUUGGACGUAAUUAUUAUAACCCCAAUGAUCCAGUCAGCAUCCCUCAUCACAGGUUGAUGGUGUGGCUGGGCUUCACAAGUUCCAUCCUCCAGUAUGAGGAGAACAUCAUGUUGUGUGCAGACGUGAGCCACAAGGUUCUCCGUGGGGAGACAGUGCUGGAUACUAUGCACAGCCUUCACUCCCAGGUUGGAGAGGAAAGAUUUAGAGACGCCUGUGCUAAAGAGCUGAUUGGUUUAAUUGUUCUCACAAGGUACAAUAACAAAACAUACAGAAUCGAUGACAUUGACUGGGAUAACAAUCCAAAGGGUACCUUUAGAAAAUCUGAUGGUUCCGAGGUGAGCUUUGUGGAGUACUACAAAAAGCAAUAUAAUAUAGAAAUUAGUGAUUGGAUGCAGCCUGUCUUGAUCAGUCAGAUGAAGAGGAGGAGUGGGAACAUACAAGGAUCUGUGGCUCUGAUUCCAGAGCUGUGCUCCCUGACAGGAUUGACUGACAAGAUGCGCAGCGAUUUCAAUGUGAUGAAGGACUUGGCUGUUCACACACGGCUGCCCCCCGCGCAAAGGCAGCGCGAGAUUGGGAGGCUUCUGAGCUACAUCCAAGAAGAUGACAAUGUUCAGAAGGAACUCCGAAACUGGGGUUUAAGCUUUGAUUAUAAAUCAGAGUCCUUUACAGGAAGAGUUGUUCAAGGAGAGAAGAUCUUUCAAUCAGGAAACAUGUUUGAUUACAACCCUCAGUUCGCCGACUGGACCAAGGAGACGAGGGGCGUCCCCCUGAUCCGCCCUGUGCCCAUGGACAGCUGGCUGCUGAUCUACACCCGCCGCAACUACGACGUGGCCAGCACCCUCCUGCAGAGCCUAUCCAAGGUCACCCCAUCCAUGGGCAUCAGGAUGAGCAAGCCAAACAUGAUUGAAGUAGAUGAUAGAACAGAAGCUUAUUUAAGGGUUUUACAGCAAAGGGUUGCCCCUGACACAAACAUAGUAGUUUGUAUUUUGUCCAGUUCCCGAAAGGAUAAAUACGAUGCCAUCAAGAAAUAUUUGUGUACAGACUGUCCCGUCCCCAGCCAGUGUGUGCUGGCUCGCACUUUGAGUAAACCACGGACUAUCAUGACAGUAGCAACAAAAAUUGCCUUACAGAUGAACUGUAAAAUGGGUGGAGAACUCUGGAGUGUUGAGAUCCCCCUGAAGCAGGUGAUGAUUGUGGGCAUUGACUGUUACCAUGACACCGUCUCUGGAAAGCAGUCAGUUGCAGGGUUUGUCGCCAGCCUGAAUCAAACAGUGACACGGUGGUUCUCCCGCUGCGUUGUUCAAAGUCGUGGGCAAGAACUUGUGGAUGGAAUCAAAGCCUGCUUGCAAACUGCUCUAAGAAACUGGCACAAGUGGAAUAAGUGUUUGCCCUCUCGUAUUUUUGUCUAUCGUGAUGGUGUUGGAGAUGGACAACUCAAUACCCUGGUUAAUUAUGAAGUGCCUCAAUUUCUGGAUUGCUUGAAGAGUAUUGGUACUGACUACAGUCCAAGACUUACUGUGAUUGUAGUGAAGAAACGAGUGGGUGCCAGGUUCUUUGCUGAGAUUGGUGGAGGACUCAAAAACCCACCCCCUGGGACAGUUGUUGACACGGUGGUUACCAGACCAGAGUGGUACGAUUUCUUUAUUGUGAGCCAGACAGUGAGGAAUGGCUGUGUUGCACCAACUCAUUACAAUGUAAUUUAUGACACCAGCCAGCUGAAACCAGACCACGUGCAGCGCUUGACCUACAAACUGUGCCACAUGUACUACAACUGGUCGGGUAUUAUCAGAGUGCCUGCUCCUUGCCAGUAUGCCCAUAAAUUGGCUUUCCUUGUCGGUCAGAGUGUUCACAGAGAACCUAAUCUGAUGCUUUCAGACAGACUGUUCUACCUUUGAAGUUAUCAGCCAAACAGAAGAGUGUAGUUCCUCUCUAGGGACUCUAGAAUUGUCUGGGCUUUUGGUUUAGUUGUGGUUUUUUGUAAGAGAUGUGCACAGGAUAUGUGCAAUUGUGGAAAUUAUUUUCUUUUCACUGUACCAGGGAAAAGCUUGAGAUAGCUGAUCUGCAUUUUGAACAGGUGUCUGCUUGCUAGAAUAACUUCACAAAUUUUUAUGAUUUUUGAUACUUAUUUACUAAAGUUUUUCUGUGCUUCUUCACAAAAGUGUAUUGGUUGGUCCUAUUUACAUUUUGAGGAGGCGUACACAGAAUUACUUCUUGCAUGAAAGAUAGAGAGUUAAUGCAGACCAAAAUCCAAACCUUUUCAGCUAGCACAUUACCCUUCUAAUUUUCAAAGUGCUCUGCUAUUGUUGAGUCCUUGUUUUUCUUGUCUGUUAAAAUGAGGGGCAAAUUUUGUCUCCUAAACUGUUUCAUACGUUAAAGGGAGGCGAUCGGGCACUCUUGGUUACCAAGGCUUUAAGGCUGCACAGUGAUGCUGAACCUCUGGAAGGGGUUUUAACAGUUGUCAUUGUAAGGGAUUUGCAAACCAAUCAGAAACUCUGGUGCUGGCUCAAGCCUCCCCUUGGAGCAGAGGGGAGUGAGGGAGGAUUUUUCAGGUUGGGAGAGCUGAGGAUAGAGUGAUGUGCUUUUGCUUUGUCUUGUAACUUCACAGUCACUACACUGUGGGAGGAAAUGACUUUAGACAACUGCACGUUCAUCUCUGAGAGGAGCUGAACUGCUGGGCUGGUCCUGUUUAAGCACAUGCUUGUUAAAUGAGAAAAACAAUUUCUCUCAAGGAGUAUCAGUGCACUGGCAGCUUUGGGGUUUUUUGGUUUUGUACUUCCAAGCAAUGGGAAGCAGCCCUGGUUUGUUCUUCAUGUCUGAGGUUUUCGUUGGUCACUGUUCUGCAGUCCAGUUUGUAAAACAAAUGGCAGGUGUGGGGAUGGAGGUUGAUUUCAGAUUUUUGCAGCAGCAGAGUCAAACUACUGCACAUGGAGAAAUUUGGAUUAGUGCUGGUUUUCUUAACCACCUUGUUGUGAACCUUUUUGCUUUUCUUUGUGAGAUUUAAAUAAAGUUGUUGCUGUAAUCCUCA